AUGGUAGUUGAACGAAGACGAUUAGGAGUUGGUGUAUUGGAUGAUUGUAUAUAUGCAGUUGGUGGAGGAGAUCACAACAAUUCAUUAAAUAGUGUUGAGGUUUUUGAUGUCAGUAUUCAAAAAUGGAGAUUGGUAGCUAGUAUGUCCACUGAAAGAUGGGAUUUGGGUGUUGGUGUACUCAAUAAUUUAUUAUACGCGGUUGGGGGUGCUGGUAAUGGUCAUAGUUUGAGUUCUGUGGAAUAUUAUGAUCCCACACUUGCCACAUGGACACCAGUUGACAAUAUGUCUAUAAGCCGUCAAGGUGUUGGUGUAGGCGUCUUGGACGGUCUUAUGUAUGCUAUUGGUGGACAUGGUGGAAAGUAUCUUAAAAGUGUUGAGGUUUAUAGACCGAGUGAUGGAGUCUGGUCUUCUGUAGCUGAUAUGGAGAUAUGUCGAUUUCGUCCUGGAGUAGUGGCAUUAGAUGGUUUAUUGUUUUAUAUGAAGUCUUUAUUACCCGAAAUUAUUGAUCCACAAUUCCCUAAAAGAAUGCUGAAAUCAGAUAUUCGAGAACCAGAUCACAUAAAAAAAAAAUGA